AUGGCUACCUUAGGAGCUCAUAAGAAGCACAAAGUCACGAUUGUAGGUUCGGGAAAUUGGGGUUCGACGAUUGCCAAAGUCGUUGGCGAGAACACUGCCGCUAACCCGGACCUCUUCGAGAAGGAGGUCCAGAUGUGGGUAUAUGAAGAGCAAGUAGAGGGCAAGAAGCUUACAGAGUUGAUCAACGAGAAACACGAGAACGUCAAGUACCUCCCUGGCAUUAAAUUACCUCAUCAUGUCGUUGCAAAUCCCUCGAUCGAAGACGCGGUCAAAGGCUCGACCAUUCUGAUAUUCAACCUUCCUCAUCAAUUCAUCAAGGGACUCUGUAAGCAGAUACAAGGUGUUAUUUUACCCUUCGCUCGAGGAAUAUCAUGCAUCAAAGGCGUGGACGUCAGAGAAUCCGAGAUUAGGCUCUUCUCAGAAGUCAUAGGAGAACAACUAGGAAUAUACUGUGGUGCACUGUCCGGCGCCAAUAUUGCAAACGAGGUGGCACAGGAGAAGUGGUGCGAGACGACAAUAGCAUAUGACCCUCCUCCUGUCGACUCGCAGGCACCAACGCCAGCUCGAACACCACCCAAUCGGUCACCUGCUGCUAGUCAGCUAGACCUCACGAAGCUCGACCAGCACAAAGACGUUAGCGGAAAGCCCUCGAAAGUUAAACUCACACCUCUGGCCUCAGAGUAUGCUGCGAUAGAUCAUGUCACAAUGAAGAUACUCUUCCAUAGACCAUACUUCCACGUCCGUGUGGUAUCAGACGUCGCAGGUGUUUCUUUGAGCGGUGCUCUAAAGAACAUUGUUGCUCUGGCUGCUGGAUGGGUCGAUGGACUAGGUUGGGGCGAUAAUGCCAAAGCAGCCAUCAUGCGAGUAGGGCUGCUCGAAAUGGUUGAGUUCGGAAAACGCUUCUUCGGCAAGACUAUCCAGACCAAGACUUUCACGGAGGAAUCCGCUGGUGUUGCAGAUCUGAUUACUACAUGCUCGGGCGGACGCAACCAUCGAUGUGCGAAGAUGAGUGUGGUGGAGGGGAAGUCAAUCUCAGAGAUAGAGGAUCGGGAAUUGAAUGGACAAAAGCUACAAGGCGUAAGCACCGCGGAGGAAGUGUAUACCUUUCUACGCAGUCAGGGAUUGGAGCAGGACUUCCCAUUGUUUACUGCUGUGUACAAGAUAUUGAAGGGAGAGGAGAAGUACGAGAACAUUCCACAGCUGAUCGAGAAGGACACUGUUUCCACCGAUGCAGAUGAGAAGUGA